GGUCUGCUAUAAAGACGACCUGAAACCAUCAUUCAGAGCGGAGAUCUGCUGGGACGCUGCAGUCGGUUUGUUAGCUUCUGUUCGGAACAAUAGGGAUCUUUGUCUCAACCCCUGGUAGUUUUUCUAGUCCUCAAAUUCGACAGCAGGGAGCAGCCAUGCCUUUCGGUAACACGCACAACGAGAUGAAGAUGAAGUACGCUUCGGAGCAGGAGUAUCCGGAUCUCACCAAACAUAACAAUCAUAUGGCCAAGAUCCUGACUCCUGCUAUGUACGAGCGGCUGAGGAGCAAACAGACACCCAGUGGAUUUACUCUGGAUGAUGUCAUUCAGACUGGGAUUGAUAACCCAGGCCACCCCUUCAUCAUGACUGUGGGCUGCGUCGCCGGAGACGAGGAGACAUACGAGGUCUUCAAAGAGCUGCUGGACCCCGUGAUCGAGGACAGACAUGGAGGAUACAAACCCUCAGACAAGCACAAGACUGACAUCAACGCAGCCAACCUGAAGGGUGGCGACGACCUUGACCCCAACUACGUCCUGAGCUCCCGAGUGCGAACAGGCCGCAGCGUCCGCGGCUUCUGCCUGCCACCCCACUGCAGCCGAGGAGAGAGGCGUGCUGUGGAGACUCUCUCCAUCGAAGCUCUGGCCUCCCUGAGUGGAGACCUGAAUGGGAAAUACUACGCCCUGAAGAACAUGACAGAUGCUGAGCAGCAGCAGCUCAUCGACGACCAUUUCCUGUUUGAUAAGCCAGUGUCUCCUCUGCUGCUGGCCUCAGGGAUGGGCCGGGACUGGCCCGACGCCAGGGGCAUCUGGCACAACGAUAACAAGACAUUCCUGGUGUGGGUCAAUGAGGAGGACCACCUGCGUGUGAUCUCUAUGCAGAAAGGCGGCAACAUGAAGGAAGUGUUCAAUCGUUUCUGUACCGGACUCACCAAGAUCGAGACCUUGUUCAAGGAGAGAAACCAUGCUUUCAUGUGGAACGAGCAUCUGGGCUACGUCCUCACCUGCCCAUCUAACCUGGGCACAGGCCUGCGUGCAGGUGUGCACGUGAAGCUGCCAAACAUGAGCAAAAAUGCCAAGUUUGAGGAUGUUCUCAAGAAGCUGAGGCUCCAGAAACGUGGAACUGGUGGCGUGGACACAGCUGCUGUGGGCGGAGUGUUUGACAUUUCCAACGCAGACAGACUGGGCUUCUCCGAGGUGGAGCUGGUGCAGAUGGUGGUUGACGGCGUAAAGCUGCUGGUAGACAUGGAGAAGAGGCUGGAGAAGGGCCAGUCCAUCGACGAAAUCAUGCCCGCCCAGAAGUAAAACCAUCCAGCCCAACAACCUCACCCCCCCCCUCCCUGUUUGAAUGAUUUUGACUCUGUCCCUGAAUGCACUCUGUAUCACAGUUUGGAUUUGUGUAUUUAAGAUGAAACUGUUCCGGUGAGGAUGAAAAUAAAAUAAAUGUUCUUCAACUGC